GUCAUUGCUCGGUGGCUAACUUGACGGUGGUCCACUGUGUGUCUCCUGAAUGAAUGACAUCAUGCGGGCUGCUCUCUGUCUCCAUCUGCGACAUGACACCGUCAGACAUUAACGGUUAGAGGUUUAUUUAAAACCUGCCGUUAAACUGCACGCGGUGUAGAGUGAUGCAGCAGAAGUUGUGUUCCAGAGGUUCUGGUUCCUUCCUCUUAGAGAGGAACGGCCAGGCCUGCGGCGCCGUCACAGUCACUUCCUGCGACCUCCCCUUCCGCUGCCCCCGCUGUGGCGAGCAGGAGCGCUUCCGCAGCCUGGCCUCGCUCCGCGCCCACCUGGAGUACCGCCACUCGUACCGUUCGCCAGACGUGAUUACUGGCGGCUUCAGCAUCACCGGCAAACUCCCCGACCCGUUGACGGCGGCAAUCCCCUGGCACGACAUGAGCCUCCCGACCCGCCGGGGGCAGCAGAGCGCGGGGCGACCACCUCACGUCCGCUCCCUCAGUGACAGCAGAGACAGCAGUUACCUCCACUCCUACAGCUCUGUGAGGAGACGCACCCAGAGUGUCGGGGUGGGGACGCAGGCUGAGGAGGAGGAUGAUGAGGAAGAAGAAGGCGGGACAGAAGAUGAAGAUGUGGGAGAAGAGGAGGAGGAGGAGGAUGGAGAGGGUGAGGAAGAGGACGAUGAAGAAGAUGACCUUGAUGGGCCAACAGGAAAGAGAGCAGCUGAGGAUGAUGAUGACGAAGAGGUGAGGAAGAGUGGUGAAAGGAAACAUGCUUUCAUGUGUAGAAAGAGUAGCAACUAACAAGAACAUGUGUGAACAGAUCCCUCACACAAAAUAAUUUAAAGAUGCAUUAGUCAUUAGUCAUAUAUGCUGAAACAACGCAGUAUUUUACGCCCUGGAAAUAAGACCGAACAAUCAACUAUCUUUCUUGGCUCUAAUGGUUGUAUUCGAGGAUUCUUGAAAAUGCCAUUAGGAUCUGAAAAUCCUCAAAUAAAUUAUUGCUAUGUAAAAAGUCACACAACUGUUUGGCGACUAUUUUUUCUAGAAUCUUAGAGAGGAAAGGGAGGUUAGAAAUCGGUCUAUAGUUGGCUAAAACCCCUGGGUCAAGAAGUGGGCUUUUUAAGAAGGGGUUUAAAUUACAGCUACUUUAAAGGACUGUGGUACAUAUCCUGAUAAUAAGGAAAGAUUAUUGAUCAUAUCUAGUAAAGAAGUGCCAAUUAAGGGUAUGACUUCUUUAAGCAGCCUAGUUGGGAUGGGGUCUAAUAGGCAGGUUGAUGGCUUAGAUGAAGAAAUUAUUGAAGUUAGCUGAUGAAGAUUGAUAGCAGAAAAACAUUCUAAAUAUAUAUCUAAGUUUACAUUAGUUAAAGUUCCUGAACUUGGAGAGCCAGUGAUACCUGUUGAGGGCAUUUGGUGACUAAUUUUCUCUCUAAUAGUAAUAA